AUGGAGCACAUUGAUCGGCUGAAGGAGGAGUUCACCUUCAUGCACAAUCAGCUUCAGCAACAAAGAAAUGAGUUGGAGAAAUUAAAUGCGGAAAAGGAAAAUAUGCAACGCCAUUAUAUGCUCUAUUAUGAGUUUCAAUGUGGUAUGAAUAUGGAAAUUCAGAAACAAAGUGAACUCUGUAAGCGAUAUACAGCUAUAAUUACACAGCUUCUUCCUUUUCUACCACCUGAACAUGCCCAGCAAGCGAUGAAUGCAAUGGAGCGUGCAAAACAGGUGCGUUACCAAACAGUAUGUCAAUAUUCA